AUGAUGAAUAUGGGAGGCCCCUCGACGGUUCCCGAGACCCACGACUUCCUUAAAAACCUUUUCCUUGAUGGAGACCUCAUCCCCUUGCCUUUCCAGCGCUUUCUCGCCCCCAUCAUUGCCCGACGCCGGACACCACAGAUAGAAAAACAAUAUGCCGACAUUGGCGGGGGAUCACCAAUCCUUCGUUACACACAACUACAGGGUGCUGGAAUGGCUGCUUUACUGGAUGAGCUCAGCCCAGAGACUGCCCCUCAUAAAAGUUAUGUGGCCUUCCGAUAUGCCAAACCUCUAACGGAUGAGACUGCACGGCAAUUGAAGGCAGAUGGCGUCAAACGAGCCAUUGCAUUUACUCAGUAUCCUCAGUACAGCUGCAGCACAACUGGAAGUAGCUUGAAUGAACUUUUUCGUCAAGGCAAGGCCGGUGAAAUGGGUGACAUUGAAUGGAGUGUGAUCGACCGAUGGGGGACACACCCUGGGUUUAUCGAGGCAGUAUCCCAACACAUAGAAGCAGCGCUAGCAAAAUUCGAUCCCGCGGUCCGCUCAGAUGUGGUACUUCUCUUCUCAGCGCAUUCUUUGCCAAUGUCAGUUGUUAAUCGUGGGGACCCAUAUGUUCUGGAAGUUUCUGCUUCCGUCAAUGCCGUGAUGGAUCGUUUAGGUCACUCCAAUCCGUUCCGUCUCGUCUGGCAAUCACAAGUUGGGCCCACUCCAUGGAUGGGUAUGCAGACAGGGGAGGCUGUCAAAGGUCUCGCCCGGUUGGGAAAGAAACAUCUCGUGAUGGUCCCGAUUGCUUUUACCAGUGACCAUAUCGAAACGCUCUACGAGCUUGAUCUGGAAUAUGCUCACGAGGCCAGAGAACUCGGAAUGGAAGUCCAGAGAGCAGAGUCGUUGAACGACUCCCCUGUGUUUAUUCGGGCUCUGGCAGACAUCACAGCGCAACAUAUUCGCGACUAUUCUUCAGGAAAGGUCGGACCUACGACUACGCAGAUGGGACUUAGGUGUCCUGGUUGUACCAAUGGAACUUGUGGCCAGCAGAAAAACUGGUUCGCUCGUGCAGGCCGUAUAUAG